UGGCGAUUCCGAAUUCCUCGUAGGGUUUUUUUAGUUUAUUUUUGGGAAUAUUACAUCAAUAUCAGAUUAUUACUUUAAAUUAUAAUGCAAUGUGAACUUCGUUGUACAUUGGUGAAUAAAUAUUUUUAUCAUGAGCAUAGGUUCCUCAGAGUAAUUUGUUUGUUGUUUCACUGCGCAAUUGGAUAAAAAUGUGUUUGUAAUUAGCUAGUUCAAUUGAAUAAAUACUUUUACAAUGGCCUCUGCAAGUACUGAAUCACACGACAGACUCAAGCUUUACAAGUUUACGAAAAUAUUAACUUUGAAAGUUGCUCAAAUAGUUGUCCAAAGUAGACAAGGGAAGAAGAUCACUCAUGAAACCAACACUACAAAGGCGUUAGAACAAUUGCCACCAUCGUCUAUAAAUGUGCAGUGGUUUAACUUGUCCAUCCCCGACGAGCCAGACGUUGCACGUGACACCAAGCAAGUAUUGAAUGGAGAAGUUGUAAAAGCCCUUGUGAAAGUGUUGUGCAUUGAAAUAUCUUUGCGUACAAAUGAUGGGGACAGAAUGGUAUUAGAACUAUGGACAGUAAAGAUUGUACCAGGAGCAGAUCCCGCAAUGAACUCUAUCACAAAUAUUUAUUACCGUAUGAGUACAAUGCUUAAGUCAACAUUGAGCAUAUCAAGAAUUACACCUGCAUACAAAAUGGCCAGAACACAGCAUAAGGAAUCAUACAUCGUUUCGCACAAAAUUUAUGGUGGAGAACCAAAUCUUGAUCUAUUAGGUGAGAAGUUUAAAACUGUAAAAGUGAGCGACCUAAAAACACCCAUCGGAACCAUAGUUAUAGAGGUAGCUUACAGAACAAAGAUGACAAUCCUGCCAGAGGAUAAGAUCAAACCGCUGGACGGAGUGAUUUCAACAUCAGCUACCGACAUUAUGGUGAAGAGUGAUCAUUUCUAUGAAAGUCCAAAGAGAAAUUAUGACAAGAAAGAAAUAGACCUUAACAAGCCGCUCACAGCAGGCGCGUUUGUAGACACAGUGAAGCUUCAGGAGCUGCAUGAUGCUUUGAAACAGCAAAUACCUCCGGAACCACCAAUGUCUUGGCUUCUAGCUGAGAAGGAUAAGUUAGAAAAGAGACUGAAAAAUCCCCUUCGCCCCAAGAGUAAGGAACGAGCAGGAUGCAGCAACGAUGGUGCCGGCACAUCUUCGCAUGCUAUGAGCAAGGCCAUUGAGGUGCCUCGGCCGAAGAACGGUGACAAAUACAAUAGUCUGAUGGAGUUCCCAUUCGCCGACGGCAGUCCGUUGACGGAGCUGGCUACUUUUUACCAAGAGUGCUUGCAAGCGCGUUCCGCCAGCGAUGAGUGGCCGGAACUGACCGAGCCGGCUACGUCGGCCGACUCCGAGUCUCUCUCGCACCAGCUGAAGAUGUUCGAAGACGCUGUUCCCGAGUUCGAUAGCAUGGUCGCAUCUAUGUUCAGCAACUCCGAGCACGGAUCUGAUCACUCCUAAAAAGGUACGAGGGCGGACGACCGAAAAUAAUCUAACCAAUAAGGGUUUUCGCGUAUGAAAGAUCCGCUAGAUGGCGGGACGUGGAUGUGGGGUCUAACUGUUGCGCGAUUGGUGGAUUUUGACAUAUCUGUCAAUGUCAUGUCAAAAAUAACCAAUCAUGCAGCAUUUGGACCUCGCGUCUACGUAUUGCCAUCUGGCGGAUUUUUCAAUCGCGAAAAACCCUCAUUCCACAUCAACUUACUUGCCUCUGGACAUCCUCGAAUGCCCGGUCUGCAUAUCCAACGAAUAUUACGCACAAUAUUACUGCUUCACCUUCAUAUUAGAGAGAGCCUUGGUACCCAUAACACAAGUUAAAUCUUAGCUUGGGUGCCAGGAUUCACUCAACAUACUGUUUUGUGUACCUAUCUGAAUUGUCGUAAUCUACAUUAAUUACUGUGUUGUAUGUUUUAGUGUAACACUUUAUGUCAAUAAAGAAUUUAUUUAUUUAUUUAUUUAUAAUUUACAUUUUAAAUAGCUGGUUCCAUUUCAAUAUUUGUAUUGCUGUUAGAUGAAACAGUGUUGAGUAAGUUGAAAGCGAAAUUUAACGAAUUUCUUCUUGCUUGUUGUUCUGACCAAAGACAAAUAUUUCUAAGCUGUAGUCUUUCAACUAUUUGCGUCCGCCCGUCAAAAUAAUACGUUUAAUCAAACCCUCCAUCCAUACAUUCUCCUACACCUUUGAAAAUGUUUUCGAUGUAGUAAUAAAUUAAAUGUUUAUUGUAUCAAAUAGACAAAUGAUUGUUGCUGAGCGAAAGUUUCUAUAGUGAAUAUCUAAUAGAUAUUAAGAAAUACUUUAGAAAUCAUGUUAUAAUCAUCUUCCUCGGUUACUACUAUCGGAAAUACGGUUAUUUUCUAUGUAUACUUGGUAUAUUAUACGAUAUUGUGCGAGUAUCGUUCUCGUGGCAAGACUUAAAUAUCGAAUACGCAAAAUCAUUAAUAAUAUUAUUAUGUGUUCCAUAUUAUUAACAUUAGCAAUUGUUAUUGAUGAGACAAACCAGAAUGGCAUUUUGCAGGUGGAUUUAUUUUGAUUGGCCGUCAAAUUAAGUGUAAUUAAAAAUAAUUAUAGUAAAAGUACCGUAGAGGCGAAUCUUGAUGCUUGAACAAUGCAACCGAUUAGCAAUAAGAAUUUGAGGCAAUAUAUCAUUACUAUUAUGGAAGCAAUAAACGUAUUGAGUAUUGAGUUAUUUGAUUAUUUUAUGCGCAGAGCGAAUUUAUGAUAUUUCGUUUCACUGUUAGUCAGUAAUUUAAAGCAUUGAGAUUAGAUUGCGUUUUUACAUUUAGAUGCUGCAUUAAGCAGUUACCAUGCCAUGCCUUGCGAGAUGCCAUUCUGUACACCAUAUCUGAGGCUUUGAACUACUUUAAUAUUAUUAAAUAUCCACCUAUAAAAAGUAAUAAACGUUACUGUAGUUUUAGUUUUCCUGGCAAACUCGAUCGUCGAUUAGAUGUUAUCAAACUUCAUUCUUUAUACAAUACAAAUCUCUUGUUGUUGAGAUAGACGGUAAUUUUUUAGGCUGUUUAUUAAAUAAAAACCUGAAAAAGGAAACUGUUCUUAAAACUACACAAUUUGAAAUGCUCCACCUAACAAAAACUAUUAGAAUAUUAUAAUUAUAAAAAAGUUUAGUAGGUACAUAAUAUACCUAUCACUCAUUUAACUUGAACUUUGCUGACUGUUGUGAAUGUUAACAAAAACUUACAUUGCAGUGAACCUAGCAGGUAUAGGAAGGAACAGCUUAAAUUAUUAUCACUUAGACUAUAAUUUUUCCCACGACUUUGGAAUUGAACGGAAAAGCAAACUUAUCUGCUCUGGUCGACAGUUCUUGUGAACGAAAUACACGAUUUGGAGUUAUUAACGUGCUGAGAAUGUCAUCUCCCAUUCAAUUCAAUCAAUCGUUUGUAUGAAAAUCUUGACACACAAGAUGUGUGAAUUAGAGAGGCAUAAAACUUGAACCACACCAACGCGUGCACCUGUCAUUGGUCGCGCGACCAGUCAUUUGCCUAUGAUCGCGACGGCGAUGGCGAUCGGCACGCGUUGGUGUGGUUGAAGCUUUAUGCCGGUCUAAUUCACACAUAUGAGUGUCAAGAUUUUCAUACAAAUGUUUUUGAAAUAUAGCCUCUUUUGCUGUGUAUCACAACAACCUGGGAUAUUUUGUAAUUGGUGUUCCAGUUAAAACUAUUUAGGCCAAAAUUUAUUGAUGUUACAUUAAGUUUCGUGUUGAAAAAAUGUUAAUGUUUUAACAAGAUGUUGGCUAGUAAGGAUGUAUUUACGAGCAUAUUUGUAUUCCUGUGCCAUAGAAAAAAAAUAAUUUUGCUUGUUGCAAGAGCUAAAUAUGCAAGAGUUAAACAUAGUUACUGCAGCCUUGACGUAACUAUAAUGGUAGCUUGGAUACACUAUAUUUAUGUCCUAUUGUGUCCAUUAUAAGUUAUUCUAUAAAUCAUGU